CUAGACAACAGCCAUGGCGGAUGUGCCCAUUGUGCUCGACGGGGGAACUGGAUUCCUCAAGGUUGGAUAUGCUGCGCAGAACUUCCCAGAGCACCAAUUCCCCUCCAUAGUGGGGCGGCCUAUAUUACGUACCGAAGAACAGGCCGGCGAUAUUGUCGUCAAGGAUAUCAUGUGCGGAGAUGAAGCGGCGGCAGCUAGAUCGAUGCUUCAGAUCAGCUAUCCUAUGGAAAAUGGUAUUGUGAAGAAGUGGGAUGAUAUGCAGCACCUAUGGAACUACACCUUUUACGACAAGAUGAAGAUCGACCCUACCGGCCGGAAGAUUCUCCUGACGGAGCCGCCCAUGAACCCUCUCAAGAACCGGGAAAAGAUGGCCGAGGUGAUGCUGGAAGGAUACAACUUCGGCGGCGUGUACGUGGCAAUCCAGGCCGUGCUGGCCCUGUAUGCCCAAGGUCUCAGCAGCGGCGUGGUGGUAGAUUCCGGUGACGGCGUCACGCACAUUAUUCCCGUGUACGAAUCCACGGUGCUGGACCACCACAUCAAACGGUUGGAUGUUGCCGGUCGCGACGUGACUCGGAACCUGAUCGCCCUGCUCCUCCGCCGGGGCUAUGCCUUGAACCGGACCGCCGACUUUGAAACAGUGCGCCAGAUCAAGGAGAAACUGUGUUAUGUCUCGUACGAUCUGGAGCUGGACCAGAAACUGUCAGAGGAUACCACCGUGCUUGUGGAAUCAUACACGCUCCCUGACGGCCGAGUCAUCCGGGUGGGCAGCGAACGCUUCGAAGCGCCCGAGUGUCUGUUCCAGCCGCACCUGGUCGAUGUUGACCAGCCCGGCAUGGCCGAAAUGCUCUUCAACACCAUUCAGGGCACAAACGUCGACGUGCGUUCCAGUUUGUACAAGGCUAUUGUGCUCAGUGGCGGCAGCAGCAUGUAUCCUGGUCUGCCUUCGCGACUGGAGAAGGAGUUGAAGCAGUUGUGGCUUACACGAGUUCUGGGCGGCAACCCGGAGAGACUUAACAAAUUCAAGGUCCGCAUCGAGGACCCUCCCCGACGAAGGCACAUGGUGUUCCUGGGCGGUGCCGUUCUGGCCAACCUGAUUGCCGACAAGGAAGACAUGUGGGUGAGCAAGCAAGAAUGGGCCGAACAGGGUGCUCGUGCCUUGGACAAGCUGGGUCCCAGAUAAGUGGGAGAUCUCUUUUCCCUUGCAUGAGUGUUGUUUUUCUUGAGCUCCCCC